GAUGACAUUAUAUACAAUGUUACAGGAAAAAUAAGCAAUGCAACGGUACGGGAAGUAUGUUAUAAUGUGCUCUAAAUGCUCACUCUCUGUGAUACAGCGGAAGUUCAUUUCAGGCUUUAUUACUUUAGCAAUGAAGUGUAAAUACAACAGCACAUGUUUGACCAUUUAUUCUCAGAGGAGGCGGAGCUUCCCUUGCUGUGUACCAUGGGAAUUCACGAUGUUUGUGAAAACAAAACAUGUCUUGUGUCACAGAUUGCCAAACAGCAGCAGCAGCUGAUCCAGCAGCAGCACAAGAUAAACCUGCUCCAGCAGCAGAUCCAGGUGAACAUGCCCUACGUGAUGAUCCCGGCCUUCCACCACAGCACACAGCCUCUCCCCGUCACCUCUGACCCCCAGAUGACCCUGCCACUGCAACCAAUCCCCUGCAAGCCAGCAGUGGACUAUCCCAUGCAGCUGCUCCCAAGCCCUCAUCCCACCCCCGUCAAGAGGAGCGGUGGUUCCUUCCGGCAGGAAGCGAGUCAACCCUUGAACCUGACCUCGAAGCCAAAGGGGCUGGAGCUGGGGAAAACACCCAGUCCACAGAGUCUGGAGAUGGGGACCCUGGCACUGCAGGGAGCCUACAGACCCAGAGACCUGCAGAGGGACGUGUCCCACAGUCCACCACGAUCGGCCCUCA